CGAGAGCGUAGGCGGCGCCGAAAGCGUCUCCGUUCGUUGAGAGGUGGGAAUGGGCAGAUGGACAGGUAGGCGGGGGCGCGAGGAGGCUGGAGCUCAUGGGCGGCCGCGGGGAUGCGGUGCUGAAGCCGGCGCUCCGGAAGGCAGAAUGUCACUGGCUGCUUAUUGUGGGAUUUGUUGUCGAAAGAUAGGAACUCUUGGUUCAGCCCAGAAGACUGACCAAUCAUGGAAAGACAUCCGGAAAAUUGCAAAAUUAACUGGCUCACUUAUUCUAGGUGGUUGCAUCUUUGCUAUAUAUGAAGUUCUGGCUUUAAGGAAGUUGUUCUCUUUUGAUACCCAAGUGGUACAGCAAGAAAAACUGAAGUCCUACAUUUAUUUACAAACAGUUUCUUUAGAUCCCAGUGGAUAUCAAGGGAUUUCUCACCAAGUGAGAAAAGUACUUCACAGAGCAGCAAGGAAAAUACUAGAAACAAAUGCUAGAAUUUUCCGAAGACCAUUUGAUGAACGCUUCAGUACUUUUGACACAGAUGAGCAUGAGUGUGCCUUGUGGCUCCUUGUGAAAAGAAGCCAGUCAGAAGAUAAAAUGGUCCGAUUACAAGCUGUGCAGGAGUUAGCCUCCAAUUGCUACUGGCAUGAUUAUCAGUAUAUGACAGCUGCCCAAGCAAGUGAUCAGAGAACUACUAUUGGUUUAGCUCGAAGUAAAGAUGUUGACCUGCGGUUUUUCCUGCUACCCCAUCGUCUACCAAAACAAAGAGAUGCUUGUUAUUCAGAAGAUGAACUUCUACUGUUGCUGGCGGCUUUGCCUCAGACAGAUCUUGACCCAUGUGUACAAUAUUUUACAUCAUUGGCUUUAAGAGAAAGCAGCCAGACCAUCGCUGCACGAAAGGGGGGCUUAUGGUGUUUUGGUGGAAAUGGGCUUCCUUAUUGUGAAAGUCUCAGUACUGUCCCUUCAAAGGCUGUAGAACUCUUCUGCUUACAAGCCUUAGUGCAUCAUUCCAAGAUUCCUAGUCAUUGUGAUGAAAUUGAAGCAAGUGGGGGGCUUCAGCUGCUGCAAAAACUAUACCAAAUCCGCAAGGAUUCCCCCCAAAUACAGAGGAGCAUCAUUCACAUAAUUGGGAACAUGGCACUCAAUGAACAGCUUCAUUCAUCUAUAUUUCGUGCAGGUUGGGUUUCUAUACUUGCUCAUAUGAUGAAGUCUCCACGGGUCAUGGAAUCCUCCCAUGCAGCAAGAGCCUUGGCCAACCUAGACAGGGAAACGGUGCAGGAGAAGUAUCCAGAAGGAGUAUAUCUUUUGCACCCACAAUAUCGAACCAAUGAGCCCAUUAAAGCUGAUGUCCUUUUCGUUCAUGGUCUUUUGGGAGCAGCAUUUAAAACAUGGCGGCAACAGGACAUAGAGCAGCCUGCUGCUGAGAAGGAAGUGGAUACGGAAGACGAUUAUACAGAGUGUUGGCCAAAGACAUGGUUGGCAUCUGACUGCCCAACACUUAGAAUUAUAUCUGUGGAGUAUGAUACACAUCUGAGUGACUGGAGAGCAAAAUGUCCCGUGGACAGCUACAGGGAGUCUCUUUCCUACAAGAGCACUGAGCUUCUCAAGAAACUGCGAGCUGCUGGUGUUGGAGAUAGACCUCUUGUUUGGCUGUCACACAGCAUGGGGGGUCUCCUAGUCAAGAAGAUGCUUCUGGAUGCUUCCAAGGACUCUGAUAUGAAUUCCAUUGUAAACAACACCCAGGGAAUUGUGUUUUAUAGCGUUCCUCAUCACGGCUCCAGGUUGGCUGAAUACUCAAAAACUGUUAGAUUUCUGCUUUUUCCCUCUGUGGGCGUUAAGGAGCUCAGCAAAGAUUCUCCUGACCUUAAAGUACUGAACGAUGACUUUCUCUCAUUUGCCAAGGAUAAGAACCUUCCUGUAUUGAGUUUUGCAGAAACAAUGCCAACACGAGUCAGUAGAGUGCUGAGCCUGCAUGUAGUACCAGUGGAAUCUGCAGAUUUAGGCAUAGGAGAACUCAUUCCCGUAAAUGUCAGCCACUUGAAUAUUUGCAAACCGAAGAACAAGGACUCUUUCCUCUACCAAUACACACUAAAGUUUAUUCGAGAUUCUUUAGAAAGAAAGCUGGGAAACUGAAGAACUGCGCACCAGAGCUUUGCUUCUUUGAUGUAAUUCCUAACACAUUCUUGGACUGAAACGGGGGCUGAAUUGACAGGUACAGCA